AAAAAACAAUUCCCACAUACAGAAACAGCCUCUCCAGUCUCCUCUAGGCUCUGGUGUGUUCUGUGAAAAUGAAAAUGACAAUGUCAUGUGUUGCCUGUUUGGUUGUGGUGGUUGUGUUAUCUGGGGAGAUCCUGGAUGUGUCCCAGGCAGUGACAUGUAACCCACUUGCGUUAAGCCCAUGUGCAAGUGCAAUGACAUCUUCAAGCCCACCGUCAGCCAUUUGUUGCAGCAAGUUAAAGGAGCAGAGGCCUUGCCUUUGCCAGUACUUGAAAAAUCCAAACCUCCAAAAGCUUGUCAACUCUCCAAACGCCAAGAAGGUAGCUACCACUUGUGGCUCCCCAUUCCCCAACUGCUAGGCGCUUCUUUACAUAUGUAUAGAGCACUAGUACUCAAGGUCGUGGAGUUGUAUGUUGCUAGUUGUUAUAAGCUUUGUUCCAUGUAGUCGUCUCGUCUCGUUUAUUUACCACGGUUGAUGGAGUGCUAGGAGUCUUGAUGGAGUCAGGGUCGUCCUCUGAUUGGUUUCUGCCUAAACUUCUCUUUGUUAAUUUUUAUUUUUAUUUUUAUUUUGUGAUAUUUAAGCAAGGAUAAUUUCUUCUUUAA